GCGGGUGAGGUGACAAUUAACUGCAAACCAGCCGCAACGAUAACAUCAGCCGAUUGCAGCCGCAUGAACCAUAAGAUUAGUCAACCUAUCAGCAGUUAAUAUAAUUGCUAUAAUGCGAGUAAUACUGGUAACUUCACAGUAUAACUCACAAGAAUCUCGGGAUUCUUCAUUUAACAACGCGUGAUUUACCUCGCGGUGACGCCGCUAAGAUGAUCAAUGCCUCAAAGAGUCUAUCGGCGUUCAAUAUUGAUUCCCGUCAAAAGCAUAACACGGCAGCGUCGCAAGCCCCAAUGUCAUACUAGAUGCACGAACUCAUCACCCGUCUGACAUUGCAUUCAGCCACCAUCCGGCAAGAUGAAUGCCAAGAUAUCGCGACGUAUUCGUUGAUACAGCCCUCCUUCUAUGAUGCCUGGUAUCGUGUAUAAAAACGAGGAUCACCGCAACGUCGUUUGUUAUGUGAAGCUCAUGAUCCAAGACAUUCGUCAUUAUAACCCUACAAGUUCAAAUCACAACGGUAUUUUUAGUAUUUUGCAAUCAUGUCAUCACGUCAACCCACUCAACCUGUCAUCCCAAGUCUCCCCGGCGAGGACCCACUGCCAGACUGGGAUAAGAUUGUUGACACUCUUCGAAAUGCGGGAAAAGAACUGACGCCCCAGGUGCUUAUCGUGGGUUCGGGGCCCAUUGGGGCUGUCUAUGCCCGUAUACUAGUUGAGAAUGAUGUGGACGUAAUGAUGAUUGAUAUGGGCGAACAGGGAUCCAAACGUAUUGGAGAUCACCGCAAGAAUAGCGUUGCUGUGCAAAAGGAUAUCAGUCUUUUUACCAAUGUGAUUCGAGGCGAAUUGAGUCCCUUAUCCGUACCAGUUAGCGAGUCGGACCUACAGCUUGACCCUGUUUCAUGGCAAGAUGAACCGGAUAACUUCGUCCUAAACGGUCAAAACCCUGACCAGGUACGAAAAUACAACCUGACGGCCAGCGCUGCUACUCGCACUGUCGGUGGCAUGUCGGCCCAUUGGACUUGCUGCACACCACGCCAACACCUUCUAGAGCGCUCGGAUCUUUUCACAGAUGAGGAGUGGAAUACGCUGUACGAUGGGACUGAAGCCCUCUUCAACACCAACAGCACGACCUUCGACGACUCAGUGCGACACCGUCUCGUGAAAAAGGUCGUAGAAGACGCAAUUAAGGAUGACAAUAAGCAAGUUGGGCGUGAUGUUCGGAACAUGCCGCUAGCAUGCAAUCGACCCUCAGCGGAGUCGACAUACAUCGAAUGGUCAUGCACAGCGACAAUUCUUGGUGAAUUGGCGGAGUCGGAGAACACUAAGUUCACUAUGAAGCCCCAAUGGCAAUGCGACUAUCUCCAUAUCAAUGAGACUGGUCAUGUGGACGGGGCUAUUGUAGUUGACCUCAUCAAGAAUGAGCCGUGGCUAGUUUCGGCUGACAAGUUCGUCGUCUGUGCCGGAACGGUGCUGACUGCGGGCAUUAUGGCCAAAUCGCUGUACAAAAGUAACAUGUCGAUAGAGAAACAAUACCCUGCUCUGGGAAAAUACCUGACAGAGCAGACUAUGACGUUCUGUCAGGUCGUCCUUAGGAGCAAGCUCGUAAACGGCGUUCGUAAGGAUCCAGGGCAGCUAGACACUGAUGGAGACACUACCAUAGCAGAUGCUGUGAAUAACCACAUUGCCAAGCAUCCGGAUGAUCCUCUACCGUUCCCGUUCUCCGAUUUCGAUCCUCAGGUCUACAUCCCGUUUUCGAAAGACUACCCUUGGCACACCCAAAUCCAUCGCGAUGCUUUUGGAUACGGGGAAGUCCCCGCUGAAUUGGAUCAGAGGUUGGUUGUUGACCUGCGAUGGUUCAGCUACACGACGGAGACCGAAACGAACAAGGUCACAUUCAGUGAUACGAGGAAGGACGGAUUUGGUAUGCCGCAGCCCACAUUCCACUUUGAGCUAUCCCAGGAAGAUGGGGAGCGCGCUCACCAGAUGAUGCAAGACAUGGUAAGAGUGUCUUCGUACCUUGGUGGCUUCGUCCCAGGCGCAGAACCCCGCUAUCAGGCUCCAGGUCUGGCGUUACACAUCUGCGGCAUAUACCGCGCGGGCAAGCAAGAGGAUGGCCAGACUAUCGAGGACGUCAAGAAAACCAGCGUUGUUGACAAGUUCGGUCGUGUAUGGGGCCUAGACAAUUUGAGCCUCGGCGGCUGCGGCGUCAUCCCUAAGGGCAAUGCUUCCAACCCAACUAUUACGGCCGCUUGUCAUGCUCUUGCAGGCGCCAAGCAGAUGCUUGAGGAGCUCAAAAAGACUUAAAAUGUAGGAAGAGUGGCUUGAUUACAUGAGGAUCGGCUACUUCUUUCUGGGAGGAUGUUCGGAUUUACGCGGAAGGCCGACAUGUCUCUCGUUUCUCCGCGGACUUCCCCCACGGACUUACUAUCAUUAACUUUAGUGUAACAAAGGACGGGAAAGGAUUGAAAUUACAUAUAUAACUGAGACGGUCAUUACUAUUGGGGCUGUUGCUGCUGGAAAUGAAGCUAUCGCGAUGAGCCCUUACUAAUCAGAUUCAUGCAUUCAAGCCGCCAUUUCGGUACAAGGGAUAGGCAGCUCAGAACGUAUCACUAAAUUUCUGGUAACAAUUAUGGCCAUCAUUAAUACACUCUUUUACCCCCCUAACUCCACGGUUUCCCCAAACACGCUCUAACGGCAAGCUAUUUCAUUAUAUCUGAGCUCCUAUGCUUGGAGAUUCAACUGAACCAAGCCCCUUCGUAUUCUCAAUUCGCGCACUCAAAGUGGGAAAAAUUGCGAUCGAAUAUUAUUGGGUUGA